AUGGGUAAUACUUUAAAAACCCACCUGGAGCUGGCCGAGAAAACUGGCGUCUGCAACUUAUCUGGCAAAAAUAUGUCUGAUUUCCCCGAAGAGAUGCAAAGACUGUCGGCCAACCUGCGCACGCUAGAUGUCAGUAACAACAGAUUGAAACAUCUGCCAUCCUACAUCACCUCGUUUGGCCAAUUGAAAAAAUUAAAUGCAUCCAAUAAUUCCAUAGCUCUAAUCCCUGAAGAUAUAGGCAGAAAUACUAAGUUGGAAACUCUAGAAUUUUCUGGCAAUCGCCUCACCUCACUGCCAGCUUCAAUAUCUUCUCUGAGGAACCUGAAAUUAGUGAAUCUGUCAGGGAAUUAUUUGAAAACAUUUCCAAUGGUUCUUUGCGAGUUGAAGAGUUUAAAUUCUUUGGAUCUGUCAAGGAAUAGGAUCGCUGAGCUGCCAGAUGAUAUGUCUAGGCUCAUGGUCGUCGAGCUUAAUCUUAAUAACAAUCAACUGGUCUUCAUAACUGAGAAACUGGCAGACUGCCCUAACUUGAAAGUUCUUCGACUCGAUGAGAAUCGACUCCAGCUGCAGCUGUUUCCUGCAAAGAUUCUCGCCAGCUCUCAAAUUGCACUGCUCUCUGUGGAAGGUAAUGCUUUCGACGUCAAAGAUUUUAGACAGCUUGAAGGUUACGACAAGUAUAUGGAAAGAUACACAGCUACCAAGAAAAAGUUCACCUAA